GCGCUGUUUGAGCGCAUUGAAACCUUGCGCCAUGUUACCACGGUAUUCAGUCGCGCGCCAACUCUCGAAUCGUGCGUGAGUUUUAUCUCGUGGUUCUACACGUUGCGGACUCCGUUGGCGCUGUUGAUAAAAAAAAAAAAAAUAAGAAUAAAGAAGUCAGGUUUCGUGCGACGCUUCUCCCUGUUGUGUAUAUCAUAUACGCGAACAAGGAGAGGAGUUAAAAAUAAAGGAACAUUAAAAGAGCGCGAGAGUAGAGUUAUAAAAAUACAUACGCGCGGACACUUAUCCGAUGAAAUUGAAAGCAACCGAAGAGCGAAAUGUACCCGUACCGUUGGCUCUAGAUAACAGACUCAUCGCCGGGGGCAAUAACUCACACGUGUUCCUCAACUCCGGGCAAUUUAAUAACAAACACGUAAUACGCGGGCUAAUUCUUGUGAGACGCGCGUGAAUGAGCCUGGCCUACGCCUCCCUCCUACGACUGACAUUAUCGCGGAGGCGGGUCGUCGUCGAACACGACCGAGAUACUCGCGUGUAAGAUAUUCGGUGGAUGAACAGUGUGCAGCGAGGAGCGGAUACGUCAGGUAUACGUGGUGAACCUUUGCCGUGGGGUGCGGAGGGUUUUUUUCGUCAGUACAACAAGAAAGUAUACGUGCGCACUAUUGUAUACCGAUAUUGCGCGCACAUACGCAAGUGAACAUCCCACCGCAUACUCGAGGUUUUCAAGAAUUUUGAUAAAGUGACAGUUUGUUAAUUUGAAAGUUACCGGGCUUUUAUGUGUUAUACAUUUAUACGUAUAUAUAACAAGGAGGGAGAAAAGUAGCAGGCCGUGCGUUCCGCAUCGGCGUACGAGAAGAGACUUGGAAGAGUUUGAGUCCGCGGUAUUAUGCGGGAGUGAAGAUAGGUGAAGUUCGAAUAGUCUGUCAAUGAUGGAAUCACCGGUGAUGUACGAAUCAGCUGCGCAUCAGGCGCAGUCCCAAGGUGUUCCGGCGGACCUUAAGAAAUCCUCCCAAGUGUUGAACAACAACUCGGCCCUUCAAGUGAACCACAACCAGCAGUCCGGCGGCACGGGCGGAACGGGGGUUAACAAGGUGUCGGCGAGCAAGGCGACCCUCAACCAGCAGUACGCCGAGCACUGCGCGGCAGCGGGCGAACUGACGGACCUCAACACACCCGAGAUAUCGCUAGAUCUUCAGCAUCUGAUCGACGAUUCACACUUCAACGAUGGACUCCUCGACAUGUUGGGGGGCGGUAACGGGAACGGGAACAACGCCAGCGGCGGCGGCGGCGGCGGAGGCGGAGGCCCAGGUUCCAACGGAAUGAAGCACUCGCGAAACGCCGGGUUCCCAGGGCGAACGACGCUCGCCUACAUGCCGCAGCCCGUACACAGCGGCGCGAGCUAUCACCAAGGGAGCAACAGCUGCAGCGACAGCAACAGCUCGAGUUCCGAGUCCCCCAGCAUAAAGGAAGAGCCCCUCGACCCCGCCGACUAUCGGCGUCACUGCCCUCAGUACCCCGCAGGUGCCGGCGCCUACAGCCCGGCGAACGGCGCCGGUCCCUUCGCGAACGGGGGGCCGACCUUCACGACCUUGACGCCCAGCACGGUCCCCGGGGGUCACCAGCAGCCGCGGGUCCCCAUGAAACCCGUGAUGUCGCACCAGCACCAGCACCAGCACCCCCACCCCCAUCAGCACCAGCACCAACACCAGCACCAGCACCCUCAGCAUGCUGCGGCCGCCGCGGCCGCGGCAGCGGCGAGGAAACAGUCAAAGAGCAUCGACAAAGCGAGCGACGAGUACCGGCGUCGCAGGGAGCGGAACAACAUUGCGGUGAGGAAGAGCCGCGAGAAGGCUAAGGUCCGUUCGAGGGAGACCGAGGAGAAGGUGAAACUACUCGUCAAAGACAACGACCUCCUCAAAAAGAGGAUCGAACUCCUUACCGAAGAGCUGAGCGUCCUCAGGUCGCUCUUCAGCAGCGUCGGCGUGGUACCUGAGCAGCUACAGCGCGAGAUCUCGAGGCAUCUCGAUCAGUUCCAACAGCACGCUGUCGGGCCCAUGUAGCAGCGGCUCCCGCGAUCCUCCCGUCAAAUCCCAUGCAAAGCUCGUUGCUUCGGCCCUCGAGCUCCGGCUUCUUCGCUCCGCCGUCCCCAGGGAGCGAGUAGCUAUUCGAGGAGACUCCGAGGAAUAGAGCUGCAGGAAAUUGGGCCCGAUUCGUCGCGCGACACCCACGUUUACCGUUACGCACGGUCGUCGGUCAAUAACUGCGGCAUAUUCAUGUAAUAAUAAGCGAAAAUUGCUAAACGAACAAUCGUAUAGUCGUAUAUGUAUAUGUACAGUGAUUUAACGAAGAACAGUUACAUUAUUUAUACACCUAUUACGACGGCCAUGACUGUAUGUACUACAGGUAUACGAGCUUCCUCGUCCAUGUAUUGCGUGUGCAUUACGACCCGGCGAACAGUUCGCGUGAACCGAAAGGAUUCGCAGGUGAGGCAGGCAAAGUUGAAUCUGUUUAGGUGAUACCAUGUUUCGCGUUAACCACUCUCGAUUGACCGAACGCUUCACAGAAUCCUCGUGGUACGCGCGUAUACGUUGAAUGUACAAUAUGAAUGCUGUGGGGUAUAAUUGUGCAGUAUAAUUGUGGUAUUGCAAUUGUACAUACAUUUCAUUAUUAUGCAUAUCUACCUACAUAAUUACGUGUAUAUGCGUGAAUGGGGCAUCGUCACCUACACAGUUCCCGUGAGCCUGUACCUAUCUACCUACCUACCUACCUACCUACCUACCUACCUGGUAUAUCAAUCUAGUUGCGUGGGCAUUGAGAACUGGCGACGACGGCCUUCUCCGCUUUCAUUUGAUUAUUACAGAACCGCCAUUCUAUCAUAGGUACAUACCGCAGUCUUCUAUACUCAAGAUGAAAUUGCCUGUGUGUGUACCCAUUACUUAUACGCGUAUCAACGGUGGGGUUGUUCAAACGGUCGUGCGGAAUAUCGAUGCAACGUGACCGCUGCCAGCAGCCCGUAAUAUUCAUUUCUUACCUAGGUUUUAUAACCUAUGUCCACCUUAAUCUUACGUUAGAAAAAAAAAAGAAAGUAAACGUCCCGUAAGAUCGGGUCGUCUCUGCGCGAAGAUACUUGGUUCAACGGUUCAAUUU